UCUCUCCCUGCGCCGCCUCCGCCCCUUCCUUCCCUCCGCUCCGUUCCUCUCCCUCCCCCGCCGGAGAGCUGGCCGGGCCGAGCGCCCGGAGAGGGCCGAGGGGCGGGGGAACGUGAAGUCCCCGCGUCCCUCCUCCGAGUGCCGGGGCUCCCCGCAGCGCCCGGUGGCCCCGCUCCGGCCCGGCCCCGCCGCCGCGCCCCGGCGGUCCCAAGUUCUGGGGGUGAGCGGCGGCAGGAGGCGCCAUGGCCGACAGGACGAGGGCGGCGCUCUCCGAGUCGGGCUGGUAUCUUUCAGAUGAAGGAAUUGAAGCUUGCAUAAGUUCCUCUGAAAAAGUUAAUACAAAUGACAUUAUCCUAGUUGCUCUUAAUACAGAUUUAAGAACGAUUGGCAAGAAAUUCCUCCCCAGUGACAUCAAUGGUGGAAAGGUGGAAAAGCUGGAAGGGCCAUGUGUUCUGCAAAUACAGAAAAUACGCAAUGUUGCUGCACCAAAGGAUAAUGAAGAAUCUCAGGCUGCUCCUAGAAUGUUACGUUUACAGAUGACUGAUGGACACACAAGCUGCACAGCUAUAGAAUACAGUAACAUGUCAAAAAUAAGCCUGAACACUCCACCUGGAACAAAAAUUAAGCUUUCAGGAAUUGUUGAAGUGAGAAAUGGAUUCUUGCUGUUGGAUAACAGUAACACAGCAGUUCUCGGAGGUGAAGUGGAGCAUCUUAUAGAAAAGUGGGAAUUACAAAGGAGUUUAGCGAAACACAAUAGGAGUAACAUUGGAACAGAAGGUGGCCCUCCCCCUUUUGUGCCUUUUGGGCAGAAAUGUGCAUCUCACGUGCAAGUGGAUAGCAGAGAGCUUGAUCGCAGAAAGACUCUGCAAAUGACAAAUACUGUAAAAACUGUUGCGGAUAAUGAUGAAUUUGAAAAGCAGAGAACAGCUGCUAUCGCAGAAGUAGCAAAGAGCAAGGAGACCAAGACGUUUGGAGGAGGUGGUGGUAGUAGCAGAAGUAAUCUCAGUGUGAGUACUGGAGGGAAUCGAAACAGGGAACUGUUCCAGAAAGAGAAGAUAACAAAACCUGAGGGAAAAAAUGAAGGUGUCUACCGAGAACUGGUUGAUGAAAAGGCUCUAAAACACAUAACAGAGAUGGGUUUCAGCAAAGAAGCAGCAAGACAGGCACUUAUGGAUAACAACAGCCUAGAGGCGGCAUUAAAUUUUCUUCUGAACAGCGGUAAACAGAAACCCAUUCAGGGACCACCACCUAGAGGUAAAGGGAAGGGCCGAGGCCGAAUAAGAGCUGAAGAUGAAGAAGAGCUAGGGAACGCCAGACCAUCUGCACCAAGCACGCUGUUUGAUUUCUUGGAAUCCAAAAUGGGUACUCUAACAGUAGAGGAACCAAAAUUGCAAUUUCAGCCACCACAUCAAAUACAGCACAAAGUUAUGAAUACAGAACAGAAUGGCAUCAAAGAGAAUCAUUCAAGACACAUUUCUCGCAAUGACAUGAGACAACCAAGGAAUGAGAAACCCCCUCGUUUUCAAAGGGAUAUUCAAAAUUCAAGGCAGGCUUUGGAAAGUGGUGGGUUACCAAGAAACAGAGGUCCUGAAAGGCACAACUCUUUAGAACAUUGGACAGAUGAAAAAAAUAAGAGUGACAGACAUUAUCCUAGAAAUGACAGACCAAAGGAUAUGGGUUAUCCCGUAGCUACUCACCAGAGUGAUAUUACUUUCAAAAAAAGGGAUAACAAUAUGCAAAACAGAGUAGGAAAAGGGGUGUCUUUCACAGAAUUCAAGGAGAACUCUGCUCAAGAUACUACAGACAACAAUAACCAGAAACGCGGGAAAAGGGAAAACCAAAUACAUAAUUCUGAAAAUUUUUGUGAUAGGAAGGCACGGACAAUAAGUAGCGAAGCCUUUAUGGUAAAAAGUGAGCGACAUUUUGAUGUUAAUAAUGAUUACCAAAAUCCUGGUAGAACUGAUAAUUUUAAUGCUGUACCAAAUGGAGAUACUGAACAUCAUCAGAAAGGAAGACGAGUAGGACCUAUCAAAUCAUCAGGACCCACUACAAUCCCAUCUUUUGAUGAUAAAAUGUUAUAUUACAACACUGGUCCCAAAAGGAGAUCUGGGCCCAUCAAACCAGAGAAAAUAUUAGAACCAUCGAUUCACGUGGAGUAUGGAAAAAGUUGGAGACCAGGGGAUGAAUGUUUUGCUCUUUAUUGGGAGGACAACAAGUUCUACCGGGCAGAAAUUGAAGCUCUCCAUUCUUCUGGGACAACUGCAGUUGUUAAAUUCUGUGAUUAUGGAAAUUACGAAGAGGUGCUUCUCAGCAACAUCAGACCUGUUCAUGCAGACACAUGGGAGGAGGAGGAAGAAACAUAUGAGCAAACUCUAGAAUUCCGCAGAGGAGGUGAUGGUCAGCCAAGACGGUCCACACGACCUACUCAACAAUUUUAUCAACCCCCAAGAGCUAGAAACUGAUUAAUAAGAAAUAAAAGAAACCUUCUUGGGGUGGGGGUAUAUUCACUGGCAGCUCCAACUUGCUGAAGACUUCUAGAAGAAAUUCUGGCUUUUUCCAAGCAACAGGAUGGAACAAAGAAAGCUCGUGUGAGCAGAAGGAAUUUGGACCUGACACCACAAAAGACUUUUUUAAAGUUCUUAGUUAUAUGAAGCUGAAUACUUUUUACAUAUGAAAGAGGCAAAUUGUCAUUGCUGCCAUCAAUAAAACCACAGUGCACUAUUCUA